UUGAAGCCUCUGGCCCCUGCCCACCUCAGCAAGGCCACCAUGAACCCCAUGAACCGGGGAAUCUACUUCCAGCGCCUGCUGCUGGUGCUGCCGCUGGCACUACUCCCAGCGGCCACCUGGGGGAAGACUGUGGUGAGGGGCAAAGCUGGAGCCACCGUGGAGCUGCCCUGCCAGAGUUCCCAGAAGAGGAACUCGGUCUUCAACUGGAAACACGCGAACCAGGUCAAGAUCCUGGGAAACCAGGGCUCCUCCUCCUCCUCCUUCUGGCUUAAAGGGAACUCCCCGCUGAGCAGUCGCGUUGAAUCCAAAAAAAACAUGUGGGACCAAGGAUCUUUCCCCCUGGUCAUCAAGGAUCUCAGGAUGGACGACUCGGGGACUUACAUCUGCGAAGUGGGGGAUAAGAAGAUGGAGGUGGAACUGCUGGUGUUCAGAUUGACUGCUGACCCGGACACCCGCCUGCUACACGGACAGUCACUGACCCUAACCUUGGAUGGCCCCUCUGUGGGGAGCCCCUCCAUGCAAUGGAAGAGUCCAGAAAAUAAAAUCACAAAAGCCAACAAGACUUACCACGUGUCCAGGCUGAGGCUCCAGGACAGUGGCACCUGGUCCUGCCACCUGUUCUUCCAGGGCCAGAACAAACUGGAAUUAGACAUAAAAAUCGUAGUAUUGGGCUUCCAAAAGGCCUCGGUCACAGUCUACAAGAAAGAGGGGGAGCAGGUGGAGUUCUCCUUCCCGCUUAACUUUGAAGAUGAAAGCCUGAGCGGAGAGCUCACGUGGCAGGCAGACGGGGCUUCCUCGGCCCAGUCCUGGGUCAGCUUCUCCUUGGAGGACAGGAAGGUGUCUGUGCAGAAGGUCCUCCCUGACCUCAAGAUCCAGAUGAACAAGGAGCUCCCGCUCCGCCUCACCCUGCUCCAGGCCCUGCAUCGCCAUGCUGGUUCCGGAAACCUGAGCCUGACCCUUGAUAAAGGAAAGUUGCAUCAGCAAGUGAGCCUGGUGAUGCUGAAAGUGACUCAGGUAACGAACAAGUUGAUUUGUGAGGUGCUGGGACGCACUGACCCCAAGAUAAAGCUGAGCUUGAAGCUGGAGGACCAGGAAGCAAAGCUCUCCACACAGAAGAUGGUGCAGGUGCUGGACCCCAAGGCAGGGACCUGGAAGUGUCUGCUGAGCAGUGGGGACCAGGUGCUGCUGGAGUCCAAGGCUGAUGUUUUAGCCACGGGACUCAGCCACCAGCAGCCCAUGCUCCUGGCUGGCGCGCUGGGGGGUGCCGCGGGCCUUGUGCUCUUCGCUGGGCUCUGCAUCUACUGCUGUGUCAAGUGCCGGCACCGACGGCAUCAGGCACAGCGGAUGUCUCAGAUCAAGAAGCUGCUCAGUGAGAAGAAGACCUGCCAGUGUCCCCACCGGCUGCAGAAGACUUACAAUCUCCUGUGA